AUGGAGCCUACUAAGGUACCUAGCACAAACUACCAGCAGCCGGUGGUAGUUGACGCCGUUGAUGAUCUUGGGCAACCCACCAGUGACACAAAGCUUCCUACAGAAACCCAUGGCGUAGAUACUGUGGAGAGCAAGAUUGCCAGCAGUGUCGCCGCUAACGAGACGACCGAGCUGUCGAGCGAAACCGCUGCAAUUGAAGAAGAAACCAAACACGAUCCUGAGAUUGCGGCUCUGCCUCUCCAGGUCCGUCAACUCGUUAGCCUAGAGGACGACCCGAAUUUGCCGACCAUUACUUUUCGCUAUUUUCUUUGUGUGAUCAUUUUUGUCACCCCGGGGGCUUUCAUCUCACAGCUGAGUUAUUUCCGAACGACGCAGGCUCCGUAUUCAAUCUUUUUUGUGCAGGUGGCCUGCCAUUAUGUCGGACACUUUUUUGCAAAGGUGUUACCGGCAACUGUCAUUCGAGUCCCCUUCACCAAGUGGUCGUUUAGUCUAAAUCCAGGCCCAUGGAGCAUCAAAGAGCAUGUCCUGGUAACCUUAACAGCUGCCUCGGGUGCUACUUACAACCUGGGAUUUUACCCAAUUGCUGUAGCCGAGCUUUUCUACGGCGAAAGAGUGCCAGCUGCUGUCGCCAUAUUCUUCAUGUGGGCUAUCGUUUGGACUGGCUAUGCUCUGGCCGCCCUGGCCCGCCAACUGUUGCUAUUUGACCCUAAUUACAUCUGGCCACAAGCUUUGAUGCAAACUACUCUUUUUGAAUCGUUCCGCAAGACGGACCGAAAGUCCCCGUUGGCCCGCAAACAGAUGAUUGUGUUUUUCGUCUGUUUUAUUGGCAUGACGCUGUGGCAAUUUCUUCCGGAAUACGCGUUUCCUUUUACUUCGUCACUGGCCUUCCUUUGCUGGGUCGCGCCUGAGAAUCCGGUUGCCAACUUUAUAGGUUCAGGUCUCGGGGGGAUGGGAUUUCUGAAUUUGUCACUGGACUGGUCUAAUAUUAACUGGAAUGGAUCAUCCAUCCUGCUCACACCGUUCUGGACACAAGUGAUUCUUUUUAUAGCUUUUGCUUUCAACUGUUGGGUCCUUUUGCCAGCUGCAAAAUGGGGGAAGCUAGGGUCUUACAAGCACGGACUGAUGUCAAACAAGCUUCUCACCGCAAAUGGAUCGUCAUAUCCCACAAUGGACAUAUUGACAUCGAAUUUACAGCUCAACGAGACCGCAUAUGCGGAAAUUGGCCCAACAUACACUGGGUUGCAGAAUGUUUGGAGCAUGUUUUUUGAUUACGCAAAAUUACCAUCUGCAUUCACUUGGAUCUUGACUUUUGGUUUCACACGGGUGGCGGAGAACUUCCGUCGAGCGUUCAAGUCACGCACUAAGGAAGCCAAGGCGAAGGGCGAGAGUAUAAACCAUCAGUAUCAUGACCGACUCAAUGUUAUUCAGCGCCAAUACAAGGAAGUGCCUCUGUGGUGGUUUGUAUCUUUGUUCGUGGUAGCAUUUGCUAUUCUCAUCAUCUCCAUUGGGUGCGGAUAUCUGUGGAUUCCUAUCUGGGCUCUUUUCGUUGCCCUGUUCUUCGGUGGCAUUGUUGUCGUUCCAAUGGGCUGGCUCUAUGCCAUAUCAAAUUACCAGGUUUCACUGGGCACGUUCAACGAACUAAUAUAUGGCUACUUGGUACACACCGCUGGCGGUAAUAACCAUCACCACCCUUGCGGUCCCUCCGUAUACGGAGCUAUUGCAGGAGAUGCAUGGUAUCGGGCGCAAUACAUGCUACAAGACCAAAAGAUUGGGCAUUACAUGCAUAUCCCACCACGGCUUGUGUUCUUCUCACAGAUAUUCGGCUCCGUGGUGGGAGUUCCGAUCAAUUACGGAGUCGUUCGAUGGGCAUUAAACACAAAGUUUGACUAUCUCACAGGCAAGACGCCUGACCCUCUCAACCAAUGGACCGGCCAGCAGAUCCAAAGCUACAAUACCAUGGGUGUACAAUACGCAAUCAUCGGACCGAAACGCUUAUUCUCUCAGGCUCUCUUCUCUCCUCUUCCCUGGUCUUUUCUAUUCGGUGCCCUUGUACCUCCUGCGCUUUAUGUUCUGCACCGAUUUUUCCCACGCUGGCGGAUUGAUCUCUGGAACAUAACCAUAUUCUGCGGUGGAAUGUCGAUGUUUUACGGUAACAUAUCGACUGGCUACACUUCCGCAAUCAUUGGUGGUUGGGUGGUCAUGUAUUACUACUACCGGAAGAGAUUCGACACGUGGAAACGAUACGGUUACAUGGUGGCUGCCGCAUUUGAUGCCGGAUUUAACCUGAAUUUGUUGUUAGUUUUCCUGUUUUUUGGAUCAGGAAAGCAAAUUGCGAUGCCGAAUUGGUGGGGGAAUAAUGGUGUUAGUGUUGAGCGAUGCUUUGCUCUCGAUUCGUAA